AUGGUAGAAUUAUGGAAACAAAAAGUCUUUGAAGUCAUACUCAGCAAGAAAGAGGAACCUAGUACAGCUUUCCCAUUGUACACCAUAAUAUAUCACGAAUUAGUCUUAGCAAACUUGUUAGAAACUGUAACAUAUCACAGUGAUACAGUAGAAACUUUUGGAGAUUCGAUUACUGACAUGUGUGACUGGUGUUAUAGAUCUUUGUGUCACCUUGUCAGUCGUUCCGCUUCAGAAGAAGAAAAGUCUACGUAUCUUGAAUUGAAAAACAAGGUUAGCGAAACCAGCAAUUUAGAAGAUUUGGAUCGUCAGAAUAAGAUUACAGAAUAUGAAAAAUGCUUCAAGGCUAUAACAAUUGUCAGGCAUUUGAUUGAAAACUGCCUAAAUUCAAACGGUUCAUUACCUCUUGGUGUUGGACGUCGUCUAUUAUAUACGCAUGACAUUCCUAUUGUGCUUUGUCAGUUACUUGAACAAAAACCCUGGAAAAUAAUCGGUUACGACAAAAGUGCUAAAAAACGUUGUCAAUAUAUUUGGCAAGAAAAUGGAUCCUGGAUUGUAGAUGAUAAAAGUUCAGAUAUUAUUCACAAAACAGAAGCUCAGAUUUGGUUGUGUCUGUUUCAAAUAUUACUAGCUAAUAACUCGUCUUUACAAUAUGACUGCUCUGUUGGUCAUAGAAGAACGGCUUUGAUGAAACUACGUCCCUUUCUUACUGAAACAAAACUAGACGUUCUUCCUGUUUUAAUUGAUCUGCGACGGUUCGUAGAACACUUAAGUUUGAAUGAAUCUUACAGAGGUGCUGGGGACAAAACUAAUAUGUGCCUGGUUGAACUUGUUCCAGAAAUCCGUGAAGGCCUGUUGAGCAAAUAUAAAAACAAAUGGAAGAAACUAGCAGGACUAUUUACAGAACAAAGUGAAUCGAAUCGUGGAAAAGAAGCAGCGAGAAAAGCUGCAAUCAAAUGGACUGAUGCAUUCUCUGAAGAGCAUCUUAGUCAACUGUUCUCUUCUUCAUUAGGAGAUUCAGGUGAUAAUAAUCCUCUCUAUCCAACCCCAAGGUGUCCCAUAUGUGGAGAAGUAGCUUCUAAAAGAUGUUCCAGGUGUCGUCAGGAGUGGUACUGCGGGCGAGAAUGCCAAGUGAAGCACUGGUCACGACACAAAAACGCUUGUGACUUGUUAACCGAGGCUAAAAUUGCUGAUGAAGAUGCAAAUUAG